UAGGCUUGAAGAACAAAGAUCAAAAGCGGCAUUUGAGAACACGCACACCCACCCACAGCGAACUCUGCCCCUGCAACAGAGAUUUGUGCUUUUCGCGCUUAACACGCUUGCUUCCAGAUUCCAUAGAGUUACUUGCAAGUGAUCUCUCUCAACUUUCAUUUCAUUCCUUCUUACUGUUUCAUCAAUCCACACCCGUAUUCAACAAUCUAUGGAGCCUCUGCGUCUUCUGGUUUGACGGCUGUGAAUCUGAAUGUGGCUUACUAAGUGGUUUCUGAUGAUUGAUUGAGCUCAUCAUGGCUGGAGAUAUCGAACAGCCGUUUACCUUCGAUUUUCAGGUAGAUUCUGCAAUCUCAGACUCCAUAUCAUUUGGAAGGUUUGAAAAUGAAUCAUUAUCUUGGGAAAGGAGGUCAUCGUUCUCCCAUAAUCGUUACCUAGAAGAGGUAGAGAAAUUCUCCAAACCGGGUUCAGUCAAUGAGAAAAAGGCUUACUUUGAGGCUCAUUUCAAGAAGAAGGGAGGCUUGCUUGGUCAGAAUUCAGCAGAGUCCCAUACUUUUGACAAGGAUGUAUUAGAGCUAGUGAAUCAAGGAGAGGAUAAUGAGAUUAUAAACAAGGAAAAUCAUGAUGACCCUUUCGACGAUGGAUCUGUCAGUUCACAAAACCAUGGGUACCAUGUCACAGAAAUUGAAGAAAUGCCAAAACCUGGAAUUUCAUCUCCUAAUCCUAAAUUUCAAAAUUCUUUCAGCAGUGUUGGUGGUUCAGUGUCUGGUGAUCUUAAUGGUGCCAAUGCUGAAAUAAAUGAACAAGAUGACAGUGGGGGGAACAAAUUCUCAACUUUUGUAGGUGAUGAUCCAGAGGUUGAAAUAAAGCAAGAUGUCAACAAUAUUGGAAUGAGUGAGAAUACGCCAUCUGAAGCCAUGGAGUCAGUCCCCAAACUAGUGAAGAAAACUGGCAAAUGCAGCUCAGGAAGUCGGCAAACUCUCACUCCGAAGAUGACAUCUCAAAGGGAAACAAAAGCUUCCAAAUCUCUGGCCAACAUUCAUCAGAGUCGGAGAAAUAUUUCUGGUGGUGCAAUCAAUACACCUGAAAAAGUGUCCAAUAAAAGCAAAGGAGAGACAUCACAUACAACUUGCACAAAUGCGCAUUCAUCAAAAACUACCACUCUACGUACACAUGCUGUCCGUAGAACCCCCAAAGUUGAGGAUUCUAAAGUUCCCAAGGGAAGGCUCGUUCUCGAGAGUAGAAGUGGUGAGAAGAUACAAACUUCUGGAGUAUCAUAUUCUUCUCCAUCAAAGCUUGAAUCUAGAUCAUACCUAAAGACAACCACCAGGCAAAAUCGGACUGUCAACUCAGCCAUGCAAGAUACAGGGAAAAGGGGUUCAGCUUCCAAUUUUAGAAGCACUGACAAGGCGCUGUUGUCUCGGGGCAAGGCAAAUUCUGAAAUUAAUAAAUUACAGAAGAACCUUGACAUCAGAUCAAAACCAGUGCCCUCUUCUUAUGGUGCAGUUCGACCAGAGUCAGAUGGGAAGAAGGCUGUGUUAAGUGGCACCAAAGUAAGAAACACUCUAACGAAGUCCACUGCCGGGGCGUCAUCCUCGCGUCCAAAGUUAGGAAGAGACAUCAUCUCCACAAGUGAAGCACCAAACACUUCAAAGAACAUGAGCUGCCGUUCAGCUGUGCAUGUUGAAGCAAGUGAUAAUUCUUUCAACCAAGAGUGUCUCUCAAAAGCUGUUUCAGAAACUGAAAACAAGAGGAAAAAAGAUGUAGCAAAAGAGAAAGAACUCAAUGUGCAGAAAUCCUGAGUUGAUGGGAAGCAGAAAGUUGGGGCCGGGAGAAGCAUGAAUUUGAUGUGGAGAAGGGACAUUAAAGGUGUUGCUGGCUUGGGGAUGGGUCGGUGUUGUACUCACUUCACAGGUAGUAGGAAUGAUCUGAAUGCAUUGUCCAGGUUCUGUAAUUGCCAUAACUAUUUAUCACCAUUGCUGUUAUGCUGCAUUGUAAUUUAGAAGUCAUGUAUGCUAAGGUUGGGCAGGAAUAAACAAAAACACUAAAUCGUGACUAAAUUUCUUUAUCUGUUUUGAAA